AUGCAAGCAGAGCACACCGCUGCAACAGACCAAUGCCCACCGCGCGUCAUCCGCUGCGAGCGCGUCCUGCGAAAGCGAACGAAGUCCGUUUUGUUAGUCCUCGAUAGAAUCACGGACCCGCACAACGAGGCGGCGGCGCACCGCUGCGCCGAGGCGCUGGGUGUGCAGCACGUGUGGACCGUCGCACCGCCGCUCCAACCGCAGAAGAAGCGGCCGAAGCGCGACACGAAGAGUGUAGCGAAGGGAGCUGAUGGAUGGCUGAGCCUGCAGCGUUUUGAUAACGUGGCGUCGUGCGUGUCGGCGCUGCGCGUCGAGGGCUGGGACAUCUGGUGCGCGGCGGACGGGGAGGGCGCCGUCGAGCUCGGAAGCGAUCGGCCGCCUGAUUUAACCCCGGCGAAGGUCGCCGUCGUGAUCAGAAGAGAAGCGGACGGCUGCGACCCGGCGUUCCUGGCCGCGGCGACGCAGAAAGUCUACUUUCCCUUGCGCGGCUUCACGUCGUCGCUCAACCUGUCGGUCGCAACCGCGCUUGUGUUGUCCAGGAUCUUCGACUGGUAUCCGCACUUCGUCGGCGACCUCGACGAAAGCGAGCUCCGGGACUUAAGAGAAGAGUGGCGGCCGCGCAUCGCGCCCACUCCCGCGGCGCGCGCGCAGCUGGGGGGGUGGCUCGACGCGCCGGAGACGAUCCCGCUCGACGACGCGGCCGCCGCCGCGGCGGGCGUCUCCUGCGGGUCCUGGGCGCCGCGGAGGAUCCAGGAGGCCGAGCGGGCCGCGGCCUCGGCGCCACCGGGCUCGUAA